AGAGCCCGGAGCUUUCGGGCAGCGCGCCGGGUCUUCCUCCGGGCAGCGGCGGCCCCGGAAGUGUUUGUGAAACGGUUAAAAGCCAGUUGACGUAGGCUAGCUAGCGUUAGCCGUCAGCCGGGUUCAGUCAUUGUGCAGGAUGGAGGUGACACGCCGGAAUUUUAAAGAGUGCUUAAACACGGUGUACACCGCCAUAGAGGAGGCUGACUUUCUUGCCAUCGAUGGGGAAUUUUCAGGUAUAAGCGACGGUCCUAAUGUCAGUGCACUAACCAACGGGCUGGACACACCUGAGGAGAGAUACACGAAGCUUAAAAAGCACUCCAUGGACUUUCUGCUGUUCCAGUUUGGAUUAUGCACGUUCAAGUACGACCACACCAAGUCAAAGUAUAUCAUAAAGCCUUUUAACUUUUAUAUAUUCCCGAAACCGUUCAACAGGACGUCCCCUGACAUAAAGUUCAUCUGUCAAAGUUCCAGUAUCGACUUUCUGGCCAGUCAGGGAUUUGAUUUCAACAAGGUGUUCUGUAAUGGAAUCCCGUACCUAAAUCAAGACGAGGAAGCCCAGCUGAGGGAGCAGACAGAGGAGAGGAGAAAUCAACACGCUAACGGUGUAGGGACUCCAUCCUACAUCUCCCCAUCCUCCUCCAAAGGCCCUGCACACGUACCUGAUGAACACAAAGACUUCAUCAACAGGGUCAUAGAGAAGGUUGAAGCCCUCUUCACUAACUCAGAGAAGACUUUGGACUUGGAGCCAUGUACCGGGUUUCAGAGAAAGCUGAUAUACCAGACACUGAACUGGAAGUUUCCCAAGGGGCUUCAUGUGGAAACCAUCGAGACAGAAAAGAAAGAGCGAUACAUCCAGGUCAGCAAAGUUGAUGACGAGGAGAGGAAGAGGAGGGAGCAGCAGAAACUGGAGAGAGAGCAGGAGGAGCUAAAUGACGCUGUUGGCUUCUCCAGGGUCAUCCACGCCAUCUCUAAAUCUAGUAAACUUGUGGUUGGCCACAACAUGUUGCUGGAUGUGAUGCACACCAUCCAUCAGUUCUACUGCCCUCUGCCAGAGGAUCUUCAAGACUUUAAAGAGGUCACCAUGUGUGUUUUCCCGAGACUUCUGGACACAAAGUUGAUGGCCUCUACUCAGCCUUUUAAGGAGUUGAUCACAAACACCUCCCUGGCAGAGUUGGAGAAGCAGCUGAAGGAGACCCCGUUCAAGUCACCACAAGUUGAAACGGCAGAGGGGUUCCACAGUUAUGACACAGCCCAGGAACAGCUUCACGAGGCUGGGUACGACGCCUACAUCACUGGCCUCUGUUUCAUCUCAAUGGCCAACUACCUAGGCUCUUUCUUGACUCCACCCAAAGCGCACAUCCCUGCUUCCUCCAAACUGAUUGCACCAUUCUUCAACAAGCUUUUCCUGAUGAGGAUAAUCGAUAUUCCCUACCUCAACAUCACAGGACCAGAUUUGCAACCUAAAAGAGACCAUGUCCUGUAUGUCACCUUCCCAAAAGAAUGGAAGACCAGUGACCUCUACCAGCUCUUCAGUGCCUUUGGAAACAUCCAGGUUUCAUGGAUAGAUGACAUGUCAGCAUUCGUGUCUCUGAGUCAGACAGACCAAGUACAGAUAGCUAUGAACACCAGCCGCUAUGCAGAGAGUUACAGGAUUCAGACGUAUGCAGAGUACAUCCAGGCUAAGCAGGACAAGGAGAAGCCUGACAAGACGGUUAAAACCUGGGGAGAAGAUGGCUGGGUGAAAUCUCACUACACCUCCUCCACCACUGCUGGCUUUGGAUAUCCCAGGGGUUUGAGGAAACGCAGCAUCAGUCCUGUUCAGGGAGAGCAGGGUGCCGGAGAGUCUCUAAAUACAGAUGGCUGGAGUCACUACUCGUACCCGGAUAGCGCAGGCAGCAAGAAGAUGAAAACUGACGACUUCAGUGGACAGGCAAACGCAGAAGCUGUCGAGAGCAAGACCUCGGAAGGAUGGUUAAAGACGGCAGAUUCAGCAGGGUUAAGUCCAGGCCCUGAUGAGGAGGACGAGGAGGAGGGAAGUCCCGAGGGCACUGAUCCAGCUAAUGAUGCUGAGGGGACGGUCACCUGGCAACAAGCCAUGACGACGAGGAAAGGUCAAAAGAACAAGAAAAAGAAGUCUGAAGAUGGUCAGAAACACGACUCCAAACGACUGACAAUGUUGCUCCAUAACUGCUGGAUUUGUAAAUAAGCAACUGUUUCCUAACAAGUUCGCCGUGUCAACUUUAAAAGGUGCUGAAUCUACAACGUCACUCUUCGAGGUCCCAGAAGUCUGGUAGCAAGCGGUGAGGAGUGGAGAGGCCACUGUCCCCCACUAAGCUCCAGCUCUGAGUCUCUUCAUAAGCACUUGGGGCGCUCUCCUGUAAGGUUGUACAUCACUGGGAGUGGUGCACGCCCCUUUAAAAUUCAUUCGUUCACUCAACAGCUGUGGAUACCGCGUCCAGAGCUACCAGCCAAGCUACUUGACUGGACUAUUGUAAGAGAGAGAACACAAGCCAUAACGACAGCUGCCAUAUUUUGAUCUUAUAACAGAGGAGCAGGCAACUCUUCUGGGUAAACACACACAGAGACACACGCAUAUCACUAAAAUCCAAACUCCAGAAAACGUUCAUAUAUUCUGUGUUCAGACUGGAAUCUGCCACCACAGCCAUGCUAUCACUUUGAGAUCAAUUUUAAUAACCGUCACCUCAAAUUAGUCUUAUACUUUGUGAGUGUGGGUGUGUGUGUGUGUGUGUGUGAGAGUUUGUGCAUGUACAUUUUCGCCAGUCUUUGUAUCCAUGUGACUCCGUUUCAUAAAUUGUGAGAGAAAGUAUCACUUGAGAGGUCCUAUAGUUUACAAUGUCUGGGUUAUUUAGUAUUUUAAUGCAGUCAAAUAUUUUCCAUUUUAAAGAGGAAAAAAAAAGAAACGUUCUGUCAACUUCCCCAGUUUUAUCAACAUAUAUAAGCUUAUCAAUGAUAAUGUGAUGUUUAUUAUUGGUGGCAUUUUGAUCCUUCA